AUAUCGCCAUUGCUGACUCAUAACGAAGUGUACGCUGCUCGAUGAAGUAUCUCUUGUUGAUGUUUUGUACUGGGUUCUGCUAGUACCACGUUUACUACAGGUUUUAUAGAAACUGACAGCGACUCAGUUUGCGUUUGUGCAAUACAUUCCAAAGCCGAUGUUAGAGAUGGAGACUACUAUGUACGAAGACGAUAUGAGGACCACGGGCAUGGGGAAGAUCAACGGUAAAACGUCGAUAGGUCGGUACGUAAUCAACCACGGCGACAAUCCGAAUUCCGCCGACAUGACAGGUCUGAAACGACGAAUGACGCUCGACUUUAACACGUCCAGCAAGAAGCAGAGAAUCACGAACUUGCUCACGUCGCCCGACAUGAACAUGCUCAAGUUGGAGUCUCCCGAGUUGGAGAAGCUCAUCAUAGCACAACAUGGCGCGAUCACGACGACGCCGACGCCGACGCAGUUCGUGUUCCCUCGCAGCGUCACCGAAGAACAGGAGAUGUACGCGCAGGGAUUCGUCGAGGCGCUCGCUAACCUGCAGAGGCAGGAGCCCGGGUCGAACGACAGUCGACCCAACUACACAGAGCUAGUCUCCAUGUUGUCAUCGCCCGGUCUCAUCUCUCUCACGCCUUCCUCGACGGCCGCGUCGCUGCUUCCCCCGCCCGUCUCAGCUCUGCUCAGCAAGCCGCUGCAGACGACCGUCACGAUGCCCGUCGCACACAGCCUCCCGCCGAUAAAGCAGGAGGCGCCACAGACAGUGCCUUGCCUGAACGGCACGCCGCCCGUCUCGCCCGUCAACAUGGAGCAUCAGGAGGUGAUCAAACUCGAGCGCAAGCGCGAGCGCAAUAGGGUCGCUGCCAGCAAGUGUCGCCUGCGCAAGUUGGAGCGCAUCUCGCAGCUAGAGGGCGUUGUGUCGGACCUGAAGAAUCAGAACUCGGAGUUGUCGCAGACGGCGGUGUCGCUGCGUGAGCAGGUGUGCGCGCUCAAGCGACAGCUCCUCCAACACAUGAACAGUGGAUGCAAGAUCGUCGUGCCGACCGAGAUCGGCAUCUGAGAUCGCAGCGCGUCGACCGGCGAAUGACAGACGCUGGUGCGGGCAUCAGUGCUGGACGUUGUCCCAAGCGAACUCUUGUCGUGAAGACGGCGCCACAUGGUGGACGCUGCCGGAACGACCAUCAUACACGGAGCCGCGACUGUACGCUGCAAAAACAUUCAAAUAUUUAUGGCUGUAUUGCCCUGAUUUAUAGUAGCUGAACAGCUGAGAGAGUACACACACACCCACACACACAUAUAUAUAUAUAUAUAUAUAUAUAUAUUAUAUGGUGUUAAGUUAACCUUUGAUACAAUCACUUUCUGUUCUAAGUGUAGGCCAUCAGGAAGCUAAUGCAGUGCGCAUUGGUGUGGCUGCACACUUGUGUCACACCCAUACACUGAAUGAACGCGUGUGUACAGCGAGUCAGACAGACUAUUGAUUAUUUGAUAGAGGUCCUUUGACACCACACCACACCACGCAUAAACGUGGUGAAUGCUGUGCCAACGAAACCGAGCAGUUUUGAGUGUGUCUAGACGGUCAGUAAUCUGUUAACCCUUGUAUACUAUCAUUUUGGCCACAGCACAAUUUUCACAAAGUAUAUUGUAGUCAUAAUUGAAGAGUGCAUGUAUGUUUCAUCUGUAGGAAGUCGAGAGCAUUUAGAUUUUUGUUUGCUGGUCAAACGAUGUUCCCUUUCCUAUUUAAAUAUUUGUAUGCAAAUAUGGGCUUGUUUGCAUGCCAUUUUGUUAACGUUUUUAUCGUGACAUGGAGUGAUAAUUUUUAUGAGCGAUUUCAGGGGUUUGGUACUAUAUUUCGUAUUGGUUCCUAAUGCUUUGUAAAAAAAUUUUGCUACAGUCACAUUUUGCCUUCCUUUCAUGAGGAAUAUUUCCAAUAUUUCAAUACGUAUAUAAUCUGGUCAGGUGUCAAGCAGUUUCUUAACGUUUUCUACCAAAGAGUAUUUUUGUACAUUGAUUUUCAUAUUCCCUGUGAAAAACGCAAAUCGGCAAUCAGCUAGCUUCUACUGAAGACGUGAUAAUUAUGUUUGUCUGUAUAUGAGCUGUAUACAGUAUAUAUAUAUGGCUGUAUGUGGGAGUGGUUCCCAGUACACGGUGAUCAACCAUAUAUGCAUAUUAUUGUGUAGAUGGUUUAGUGUUCAUGUGAAGAUGCACACGGGUGCUGUGCAAUAGGCGGCAGACUGGAAUUGGAAUUUUUGGCUGUGACCACGUACUUCGAUAGUUGUGUCAUUGGCCAAAAUUGCAUGGUCUUAUAAAUGUAUGUGCUGUAACAUUGUAUCAAAUCUUGGGGAAAAAUGUAUCGUACACGUAAUAUGCAAAA